UCCCCAAUAGGCAUUGUGGAAACAAUUUCAUUUCAAAAGCAAAAUAGUUGUCGGAGUGAACGGAAAGUAUUUUUAAAUCCCUGAAAUUUUGUGAAUUUUCUCAACAUUCGUCAUUUCUGCAGAAGAUUCAGUUCGUGAAAGGCCACUACAAAGAUGAGCUCAACUAAUUUGGAUAGCGAGACUGGGUCUCAGCGUCACGAGAAGCUGUCGCAGGACGUGUGCCGUCUGAUUAUGCAGGGACGUCAGGCCAAGGGACUUAGCCAGAAGGAUCUGGCCAGCAAGAUUUGCGAGAAGCCGCAAGUCAUUGGUGACUACGAGGCCGGACGCGGCAUACCCAACAAUCAAAUUCUCGCCAAGAUCGAGCGCAUCAUUGGCAUCAAGCUGCGCGGUAAAGAACGCGGUAUGCCACUUCAAAGCAUGGGACAGCGUAAAAAAAACUAAAAAACAACCACAAUGCACCAACAUUAUUUGGAUAUUGAUCUCGCUAUUGAUUAAAGGCUUGCUUGGAUAACCUGAAA